CGAGACACCCCCAUUUUUGAGUACCCCUGACCCCCCCCCCCAUUUUUGGGGUGACCCUGAGGACCCCCCGUUUUUGGGGGUGACCCACUGGCCGUUUUCGGGGUGCCUGGGGCCAUGGCGUGGGCGCUGAAGCUGCCGCUGGCGGACGAGGUGAUCGAGUCGGGGCUGGUGCAGGAUUUCGACGCCAGCCUCUCGGGCAUCGGGCAGGAGCUCGGCGCUGGUGCCUACAGCAUGAGCGACGUCCUGGCCCUGCCCAUCUUCAAGCAGGAGGAGUCCAGCCUGCCCCCCGAGAGCCAGGACAAGCUGCUGCCCUUCCAGUACGUGCUGUGCGCCGCCACCUCGCCCGCCGUCAAGCUGCACGACGAGACCCUCACCUACCUCAACCAAGGUCAGUCCUACGAGAUCCGGAUGCUGGACAACAGGAAACUCGGGGAGCUGCCCGAGAUCAACGGGAAGCUGGUCAAGAGCAUCUUCCGGGUGGUUUUCCACGACCGGCGGCUGCAGUACACGGAGCACCAGCAGCUGGAGGGCUGGAGGUGGAACAGGCCUGGCGACAGGAUCCUGGACAUAGAUAUCCCGAUGUCCGUGGGGAUCAUCGACCCCCGCGCGAACCCCACGCAGCUCAACACCGUGGAGUUCCUGUGGGACCCCUCCAAGAGGACCUCGGUCUUCAUCCAGGUGCACUGCAUCAGCACGGAGUUCACGCUGCGCAAGCACGGCGGCGAGAAGGGCGUUCCCUUCCGCGUGCAGAUCGACACCUUCCGGGAGAACGAGAGCGGCGAGUACACCGAGCACCUGCACUCUGCCAGCUGCCAGAUCAAGGUCUUCAAGCCCAAAGGAGCCGACCGGAAGCAGAAAACCGACCGGGAGAAGAUGGAGAAGCGAACGCCGCACGAGAAGGAGAAGUACCAGCCCUCCUACGAGACCACCAUCCUGACCGAGUGCUCGCCCUGGCCCGAGGUCACCUACGUGCCCAACGCGCCCUCGCCCGGCUUCAACAGCUCCCACAGCAGCUUCUCCAUCGGGGACGGCAGCGGAUCCCCGAGCCACCAGCCCGACCCCCCCGCACCUGUGUCCCCCCAGACGCUGCUGCCCGCCUGGAGCCCGCAGGAGGCUCAGCAGUGGCUGCACCGCAACCGCUUCUCCACCUUCUCACGGCUCUUCAGGAACUUCUCAGGGGCAGACCUGCUGAAGCUGACACGGGAGGACGUGAUCCAGAUCUGCGGCCCCGCCGACGGCAUCCGGCUCUUCAACGCCCUCAAGGGCAGGAUGGUGCGGCCCCGCCUGACCAUCUACGUGUGCCAGGAGUCGCAGCAGGUGAGGGAGCCCCAGCACGAGCACGAGGACGGUGAUGGAGGCAGCGGCACCUUCUUUGUGUACCACGCCGUGUACCUGGAGGAGCUGACGGCGGCCGAGCUGGCCGAGAAGCUGGCGCAGCUGUUCCGGGUGCCCGCCCAGCACAUCCAGCACAUCUACAAACAGGGCCCCACGGGCAUCCACGUGCUGGUCAGCGACCAGAUGAUCCAGAACUUCCAGGAUGAAUCCUGCUUUGUCCUGGACACCCUGAAAGCCGAAACCAACGACAGCUACCACAUCAUCCUGAAAUAGGGGCCAGGUGAGGGACAGGUGAGGAGCACCUGCAGCCUCUCAGCACACCUGGACACCCUCCACUCCCAGCACGAGGACACAGCCGAGAUUUGGGAACCCCCAGGUGUGGUCACCUGGCCACCCUCCUUGAAAAGAGCACCUGGAGAGCCCCCAGGUGUGGUCACCUGGCCACCCCCCUUGAAAAGAGCACCUGGACACCUUCUGGAGAGCCCCCAGGUGUUGUUACCUGGCCACCACCCUCAAUAGGAACAUCUGGAAACGCUUUGGAGACCCCCCAGGUGUGGUCACCUGGCCACCUCCCCUUGCAGGGAACACCUGGAAACCCUUUGGAGACCCCCUCCAGGUGUUGUUACCUGGCCAUCCCCCAUCAAAAGGUGCACCUGGAAAGCCUCUGGAGAGCCCCAGGUGUGGUCACCUGGCCACCCCCCUUGCAGGGAACACCUGGAGAGCCCCCAGGUGUUGUUACCUGGCCAUCGCCCAUCAAAAGGAGCACCUGGAAAGCCUCUGGAGAGCCCCCAGGUGUGGUCACCUGGCAGCCCUGCCCACAGGUGACUCCUGGCAUGGACAGGAUGCUCCAGUGCUGCAGCUCUGGGGCACCAGGUGUGCACCCACCUGGGGACAGGUGUUGCCUCCAGGUGGGUGCAGGUGUGAAGUGAUCUCAUAAGGUCAUCAAGAAUUCCAGAUCCAGAUUUAAUUAUGGAAAAUUGGGAGAGA